CACAAAAUAUUUUUUUCAAAUAACGAAUAUACUUAGUUUUAGAGUCUGAUACAAAAUGCGACCAGUGAAAUUUUCCGAAUCCGCGUUAUUUACCGUUAUUACACCUUACUUUUGGAUAUUAUCCUUAUUCGCUGUCGUGAUGCCACCAAUUUUCAUAUUACGUACGCUGUCAUCCCAUCGAUAUUGCUUGUUCCACCUAUUUCGUGUUAUUUUCGUCGCAUAUACAUUGCUACUAUUGAGUGUUGGCUUUUGGGUGGAGCAUACCAAGAAUAUCGUGAUCAGUGCGUUUGUGUGGAGAAACUCUUUGGACAACAUGACUCGUAUCUUAACUGUUGGCAUCAACGUAUUGCAAGUCAUGGUACAAAUAGUGAUCUAUACACAAGCAUUAACCGGAUACCAACAACUUCGGCGCAUACUAGUUAAUGUCGUGCAACUGGAGUCGGAUAUAAGAGCACACUGCACAGCUGUGUGUUCAUUAUCCGCCAUACGUUGGCGGUUUUGUCUACGUAUUGGAAUUUGGUUUUUCAUAUUAUGCACCUUUCUACCGCAUCUAUGUCAUGCACUCUCCGACAUAACACUCGCGCCGAUUUUCAGAUGGAUCACUGUGCUGUUCAGUUUAUUAUCGCAAAUUAAAGGAGUUGAAUAUUGUGUUAGUGUGCAAAUGAUACACGAGCUGUUAUACUUGGUACACCAGCAGCUGGCGCAUUUAAGACGAGAACUGGUCAUUUGUGAUCGGGUUGACAUGCGUUUGCGUUUAUAUGCAGAAUUGCAGAGGAAUCAACAACUAUUGGCGCGUGUGUGGCAAUUAUUGGGUGAAGUAGAGCGAUAUUUUUGUAUUCCCAUGACUAUUGCGUUCUUCUAUCAUGGUUUUACUAUAAUACAAACUAUACUUUGGGGUUAUACGAAUUUCGAAUAUGAGGAUUUUCAUUUACGUUUAUACCGCAUUGUGUUCGCCUUUACGAAUAUUGCUACUCUGUUUAUACCUUGUUACUUGAAUCAAUGUUGCAUUGACGAGUACAAACGCUUUGGUACUUUACUACACAAACUGAAAACCGUGGGAGUCGAUGUACAGCUGAGCAUGCGUUUACAGGAGUAUUCGCUUCAACUGUUGCAUCAAAAGAUGCUGUUCACUUGCGGUGGCUUCUUUGAGAUAAACUUGAAGAAUUUCGGAACGAUAAUCCUGUCGAUUACAGCAUACGUCGUUAUACUGAUACAGUUUAAACUGCAAGCGGCAACAGAAGGAAAAUCCGGCAUAAUUACUACUUUUGUAUAAUAUCAUAUUGAAUCGCUAAAUGUUGCUUUUAAAUGUUUAGCCUUAUUUAGUAAGUAUUAUUUGGAACCCAUGACGCACUGAAUAGUAGUCACACACUAAGCAACUUAGUUGAGACAGUUAUCCAUAUGUUUGUAUGCUGCAAUUAGUUUAUAACCACACAUGUAUGUAUGUAUG